AUGGCUAAAGGAUUAUUAUUGGAAGGAAGGACAAAGCCUCCUGAAAUAAUUUUGGUUGGUAAAGGUAACCUCGAACUGGUUAUAUGGUUUGAGAGUCAUAUGAAAAUGGUUCCUGAAAAAUCACCAAACAAACAUAAUGGUCUCUGCAUAUUUGGAAAGAUGCUGCUUCUCUCUGCGCCCCACUACUGUCACGGCCCUGAUUCAGAUGCAAGAGACGUUAAGGUGUACAAUUCUUUAAUGCUUGUUAAGGACUCUUCUCCUCUUUCAGCCCUACACGACCAACAAAGAUCUACACAUAGUCCAAACAGAUAA